CCAACAUGACAGUCUGUCGAUUGCCAUGGCAACGGCUCUGCAUUUGACGUUAACCUGACAGACUGAGAAAAGAAAAGAAUACAACAGUAAAGAAACAUGGACAGCUGCAGCGUCCCGGUGGACAAUGUUCUUCAUAUCCCUACGUCCCUCAACUAAUUGGAGUCGUACAGAUGAGACAUUUGGAACCAGUUCUGGUCAGCUUCUGAAUCCAGGAGUGAGUCUUGAGGUGAAACUGCUCUGCUUAAGGAAGUGAAGGUGUAUCAGGCCAAGAUGAGGGUUUGUAACAGGGGGAUGAUGAUGCUUCUGACCACGGCGGGGGCUUUCUGUGCGUUCAGCCUCAUGACCAUCGCAGUGGGAACGGACUACUGGCUCUACUCCCGCGGGAUGUGCCGCUCCAAAAACCUGAACGACAAUGAGACCGUCCACAAAAACGAGGAGGUUCUGACCCACUCGGGACUUUGGAGGACCUGUUGCACCGAGGGGAUAUUUCGAGGUGUUUGUAAAGACAUUGAUCACUUUCCUGAUGACGCAGACUAUGAGCAGGAUGCUGCAGAGUAUUUACUAAGGGCAGUUCGAGCCUCCAGCCUCUUCCCAAUACUCAGCGUUGGACUUCUUUUUCUUGGGGGUUUGUGUGUAGCUGCCAGUGAGUUCUACAAGUCACGCUACAAUGUCAUUCUCACAGCUGGUAUUCUCUUUGUCUCUGCAGGUCUCAGUAACAUCAUUGGCAUCAUUGUGUACAUAUCAGCCAACUCUGGGGACCCCAGUCAGAGCGACAACAAGAAGAGCUAUUCCUAUGGAUGGUCGUUUUAUUUUGGAGCUCUGUCUUUUGUGCUGGCCGAGAUGGUGGGCGUCUUGGCAGUACACGUGUUUAUAGAAAAGCACAGGCAGCUUCGCACCAAAGGCCGGCCCUCGCUCUUGAAGCCUCCAAUCUCCCGAAACUCUUCAUCAUACCGCAACCGCCAUUACUACAACCACAGCAGACGCUAUAGCUACCGCAGCAAUCACAGCAUAGCAGACUCAACCUGCCACGGUUACCAAACAUCACUAGUAUGUGACCAAGAACCAAGCAUCUCAGCUGAAUCUAAAGUCACCAUGGUGGCUGGUCUGCCUAUGCCAAUGACGAUGGGCUCAGAGUUUAUGCUAUAUGCCUUAGCUUCACCGCUAAAGAAGAGUAAGAUUGACUUGGGGGUGGAGGACUUGACAACUUCAGCCCUUCACAACACAGACAUGCUGCCGGGAAACUGUGUGUCCAAUCGAAGAACCACUCCUGUCUGAGCAACACAGAGUUGAUAAUGGACAAAAGACAGACAUCUCUGGACGUUAAUUCACAACAUCUGAGUUAAAUGAAGAUACAACUCUGAAUGUAUUUCAAGGACAACACUCACACCCACUGCUUCUUUGUGUUGCACCAUGGGAAAAAAAUAAAAAUCAGCAAAGAUAUCAGGAAGAAAGCACAAGUGUGGUUCUUCCUUGUGUACAGUGAAAGUACUUAAUUCUUUUUUUUCAAACAUUUACAUGCAAGUGUUAUGGAUAUAUGAUUCUGUGUUUUCCUCGUCUCUUUUAUCUGCAUACACACACACUGCUGCAAGCUAUCAUAAACAUAACAUAUUAGAAUGGAGAUAGUCACACAUAAACAAAAACUUAGGGUGCAGAAUGAUAAGAUUAAACAAGAAGUUUGAGCUACACUUUUCGUCACUUGGAGUCAUCCCUAAAGUGAGUUGAGUGGAGCCCAGCGCUGGACAGUGAAUGUAACUCUGUAUCUGUAACAUUUGUAUGACAUGUAACAUUUGAUUAUUUUCAGCA